AAACGAGCCCACGAGUAAAAAGCAAACACAACAUACCCACCUCUUCUCUCUCUGUCUCAACUCCAAACACUCCAUCGUUUCUCUUUCUUCUUCUUCUUCUUCCUCUAAAGUCUAAACCCACAAAAACUUUCCUUCUUCCUCAGCAUUUGUUCAAGACCCCAAACCAUAAAUUCCCACCAUACACGCCUUUUUUAUUUGUUUUAUGUUUUCUGUGAGUUCUGUUUCAGAGCUUAAACCUCCAAACCUCGUGCCAUGUCCUCCACCACUCCAAUGGCGAAUCAGCCACCUCCCCAGAUGCAGCUGAGCCAGCAGACAUACCCGACUCGUUCUCCUCACGGGUCUGUGGGGCCCGUGAUCGCUGUUCUGGCCGUCAUCACGGUUCUGGGAGUCAUAGCAGGAAUGAUAGGCAGGCUCUGUUCGGGUCGCCGGGUCAUGGGCGUGGGAGAGUACGACAUGGAAAGCUGGGUGGAGACCAAAUGCUCGUCCUGCGUCGACGGUAGAAUCCCCUCUCCCCCUCCACGGCGGCCCUCGCAGCCAGCGGCGGAAGAUGUCGGGACGCCGGAGGAGGAGGCGGCGGUGCAAGAGGCAAGAGAAGAUGAAGAACAAGAAGCGCAGGCAGAAACAGCAGGUGGGCCACAGUCAUAGAAGAGGCGAAGUAGGAAUAUAUAUAUAUAUAUAUAUAUAUAAGAGCAUUGUAUGAUUCACGAAUUGGUAUGUUGGGUGAAUGAAUGUAGUUUGUGUUUGAAGUGUGAACAUACAGAAAUCGAAUCGAAAUGGAAAAGGGAAUGGGUUUAACAAAUGACAAAUGUAAUGGCUGCCAUUAUGAGCUGCCCUUGGGUGCCUGUCCUCUGUCUGCUUCCCUUUCCAACGUUCCAUGUUACCCUUCUCAGCUUUUUUUCAUGCCUUUUUCUCUUGCUCAUUUUUCAUUAGCCUUAUUUAUUUGACACUUUC